UGGCAUCCUCCUAUCGCCUACCAGCGCCGACCCACUGCCCGUGGUGGGCGGAUUCCCGUCUACUAACAGCCCGCCGAAUAAAGGCUCCUUCACUUUUCGGGACGAGAAAAUUCAUAGCGACAUCGUAUCGGCCUCGCCACUUGAAGCUACCCAGGAGAUACGUCGCCCGAAGAACAACGAGGACGCAUUAGCUACCACCCCGCUCAAUCCGCUGUUAGUUAAACUAGGUCGUGUGUCUUGGAGGAUCUCGAGGCCUACAUCCCAUCACAGGUUGCCCCCGUCGGAGCACCUCUUCGUUCGAUUCCCAAGAGGGACCUCUCGGCGACGCAAUGGCGCCCAGCCACGCGGCAAAAAACGGCACAACGGAGGCUCGCAUGAAUGCCUUCGUUGGUCCUCAUCUCGGAACUAUCAAAGCCGGCCGUCAAUAUAUCUUCGAGACCAACAUCCGGCGCAUAUUUGCCGAAAAGCGACUUGACCCUGCAAAGGAGGCUAACUACCGCCUUCAAGGUGUCCAGGUUAUCGAGUCUACCCGGGAGGCCCUUCUCCUGCCCGUCAAGACCUACAAUGCCGCAUGCACCUUCUACCACCGCUUCCGACUGGAUCAUCCCACUACGGAUUACAGCUAUACCGAAGCAGCUUUGGCAUCUCUAUUCGUGGCGUGUAAGGUGGAGGAUACGCUUAAGAAGUCGCGCGAGAUUUUGUGCGCUCACCACAACCUCAAAAAUCCGGAUCACCAGACCACCCAAGAUGAUAAGAUCUUCGACCAACCUUACAAGAUGAUCAUUGGACUUGAGCGAUACAUUAUCGAAGCCAUCAACUUCGACUUCCGCAUCCGUUAUCCCCAGAAGGUCCUUGCCAAGAUCGUCAAGAAGGUCGUCGGAAGCUCACCUGAAGCCACUGCCUUCUUUACCACCGCCUACAAGAUGUCUAUCGACAUGUACAAGACGUACGCGCCUUUGAAGCACACCACGUUUACUUGCGCUUUCGUGGUCGCGCAACUUACCGCAUUGAUCACCAACCAGUUUGUGGACAAAUUCCGGUCCUUGAAUCCCGUGGAUUGGCACUCGGACGAGCAGUGCGUCGCUGAAGGGAUGCUCGACCUCCUUGAUCUUUAUACGCAGCACAACAAAGCCACCAAGAUUGGGCCCAUGUUCGAUCUGCAGGUUUUCAUCGAUACCCAGAUCAUGAUCAACCAGCAUGUCGAGCGUAACGGCCUUCUGCGCUAUCUGGAUCAGUGCAAGGAGUGCGAGGCUAGCAUGCCACCCCAUACCCCUUCGACAGGUUCGCCAGUGUCGCUGAGCACCCCUUCUGCCACCGGAACGAGUAUCAUUAAGCGCGGGCCCAAGGUGUCUGAGGGUGGCACGACGCGUUUCGUCUUCGACGCUGAAGAAGCCGUUCGGGAGAAGCAAACGUAUGAAGAAUAUACCAAGGACGAAUGGGAGGAAUGGGAUGAAGAAGUGGAGGAGCCGAUUCCAGAUCCGCGUGAGGAUCGACGUCAAGAACCUCGUGGUCCCAGAGGGCCUCGCCACGGACACGGACGCGGUGGCCACGGCCGAGGGGGUUUUGACUCUGGAUGGCACCCACGUAACCGCCACGAUCGUCGCCGCCGCGGCGGUGGGUUCUACUAACCGUUUGUGACAGCAACGUCUUGACGGUCACCUUCGUUUAUUUCCCCCUGGCCGCCAACACGGCGAUCAGGCUUGGAGAUUAAGAUUUGCGGCCUGCUAGCUCUAGGCCGCCAUUUGCAUCGGACACGGAGUACGGGAUGAUACCCCUUUGUAUUGUAUUUGCGGCAAUCUUUU